GCAGCAGAGGCGCCAGGUCGCGGGACCCCCGCCGCUCGGCUGAUCUCUGCGGCGUGCGCGCGGACCCCCGGCGGGGUCGGAGGCCCUGAGGAUGUCUGCGCUGUCCCGGAAGCCCAAGACGUUCAAGCUGCGGGCCCUGCACGGCCCCCAGAAGUUCGGGGUGGCGGGGAGCAGCUGCCAGGACGUGCUGCGGAAGGGCUGCCUCCUCCUGCAGCUCCCUGUCGCCGGCUCCCGCCUGUGCCUGUACGAAGACGGCACGGAGCUGACCGCUGAUGACUUCUGGAGCUUCCCCGACGGCUCGGAGCUGGUGCUUCUCACCGCGGGCCAGACCUGGCAAGGCUGUAAGUGGCGCGGAUGCGGGAGCCUGUGGGGAGUGUGCACCGUGCUCGAGGGCUGCGGGCUUUUCUGUCCUCUUCUGCCGGCAGACGUGAGUGACCUCCGUCGCCUCCUCAGCGCCUUCCACAAGCCGCAUGAGGGGCUGAUCCAGGCCGCGCGGCAGCUGCUGUCGGACGAGCAGGCCCCGCUGCGGCAGAAGCUGCUGGCCGACCUCCUGCACACCGUCAGCGGGAACAUCGCGGCCGAGACCAGGGCCGAGGACCCGCCGUGGUUCGAAGGUUUGGAGUCUCGGUUCAGGACUAAGUCUGGGUACCUGAGGUACAGCUGUGAGAGCCGGAUCCGGAGCUACCUGAGAGAGGUGAGCUCUUACGCCUCUGUGGUCAGCGUGGAGGCCCAGGAGGAGUACUCCCGCAUCGUGGCCGUCAUGGGCCGGGAGCUCAGGGCGGCGCAGUACCACGGCACCUACUUCGACAGAGGCGCCAAGGCCGGCCGCCGGCUCUGCACGCCAGAGGGCUGGUUCUGCUGCCAGGGCCCUUUCGACGUGGACGCCUGUGCCUCCAAACACUCCAUCAAUCCCUACGGUAACCGGGAGAGCCGUGUCCUCUUCAGUACGUGGAACCUGGACCACAUAAUAGAGAAGAAGCGCACGGUCGUCCCCACGCUGGCGGAAGCCGUGACAGCACGGGACGGCAGGGAGGUGGCCUGGGAGUACUUCUACGGCCUGCUCUUCACCUCGGAGAACCUGAAGCUGGUCCACAUCGCCUGCCAUAAGAAAACCACCCACAAGCUCAGCUGCGACCCACGCAGGCUCUACAGACCGCGGACGAAGCCGAAGAGGCGGCGGCCGGCCCGCAGGGGCCAGUGACAGGCGUGACAGGCAGCCGUGCCUCCUCCCCGGGUGCGAUGCCCGUUGUUUGUGUUCUUGUCACUGCGUGGCUCCUGGAGACUUGAGAGGUCCCCGCUACGCCUCUGAAGCGGGUUUUGCACCGCUGAGCUCCAGCGCCAGAGGACCUGUUGCUGCACAGCCAGGACACGUGUGGGUGGGCAGGAACGAGGCAUCGUCCUCAGCUCGAGCCCCGCCCGCCCCAGUGGCCCCGCUGCUGUGCGCACACAGGGUGGCCUCCCCACUGGCCCGGAGUCAGGCCAGACGUGGCCGCGCUGGCCUGAGGGACAAGUGGUCUGUGUCCGCGCUCGGCGGGGUCGGCACUCCCGCGACACAUGCAGAGCUCUGCCCUCUCGGCUUUACUGAUUGCUCCCAAGGGUUGCAGCCCAUUUGGGGUAAAACGUUUGUAUUCGGUAAAGCACGUGCAAGGACCGUCAUUUCUGGUGGCAGAGAGCGGGAGACCCUCCGGCGUGUCCGUAGGGGAAGGGCUGACUGUGGUCUGAUGCCGGAGCACAAGACAGGGCACGUGCACGUUUCUGCACACGGGAGUCUGCGACGAAACGUGCCUUCUGGACAGUAACCCCGGAGACGCGGUGGGGGUGCUCCGGAUUAGAAAGGGCUAAUUUUCUAAAUCUUGUGUUUUGUAAAACCUGAAGUUUUUGAAGUAAGCACUUAUUUCAUAAUUUUUUAAAAUUGACUUCUUAAAGUCCUGCAGAUUAUAAUACCUAUAUUUUUACUUUUGUAUAAUCGUAAAAACCAACAAAGAUUUUUCAGAAGUGACCCAUCGAAAGUUGGCACUCUCUGGGAAUGAUAAAAUAAGGAUGAAAAUAAAGGGUCAGUGAUUUUGAAAAAAA